AUGGCCGAACAGAACCGACCGGUCGGUCCAACGACAACGUCGCCGGAGGAGCCGGCUCAGGGGCCAGAGGCGGCCUCGGUCAUUUCUGCACAGUCUGUCGAGGUUGACGAUGUUUUCGACGACAAUGAUUCUGCGAUCGGCGAGUCUGUAGCGAGCUAUUCCUCAUCUCUCGCCGAGAGCGUGCAGAACUAUCCCAUGGAGCAUGGCCGCCGCUAUCAUGCAUACCGGUCUGGCAGGUAUUCACGGCCAAAUGAUGAGGUCAGUUCCAAGUCAUACGCUGUUUUGGAGAUGGAUCGGCUCCUGUUGCUUCACGAGAUCAUGACCAAGAUCACCGGAGGAUUGUAUCAAGCUCCGAUUGAGAAGGAAAAGGUGCACAACAUCCUUGAUAUUGGUACUGGGACUGGUAUAUGGGCUAUCACGGUUGCCGAGGAGUUCGAGAAUGCAACAGUAAUUGGCAAUGACCUGAGUGCCAACAUGCCCAACUUCAUACCACCCAACGUCAAGUUUGAGGUUGACGACGUCGAGGAGGAUUGGCUGUACGGCUUCAAAUUUGACUGGAUCUUCUGCAGGUAUAUGGCUGCUAGUAUCCUUGAUUGGCCCAAGUUGGUUGGCAACAUCUACGGAAAUCUGCGUCCAGGUGGUUGGGGCGAGUUCCAGGACUUCGAUCUCCAGUACUACUCCGACGACGGUUCUCUCAAGCCCGACGACCCACUGCUCGUAUGGAUCUCCACGCUUCUCGAUGCCGCUCGCUCCCUCGGGCGCGACCCGAACCCGGGGUCAAAACUCGAGGGCUGGGCCAGAGACGCCGGCUUCAAGAAUAUCGUGCACAAGCGACACAAGAUCCCCAUCGGGCCUUGGGCAAAGGACCCGCUGCUCAAGGAAGUGGGCGCGUGGAACUACAUGCAGGUCAACGGCGGGCUGGAGGGUCUGUCGCUGAGACUGUACACCGGCGUGCUGGGGUGGACCCCCGAGCAGGUCACGGCGCUGCUCAUAGAUGUGCGGAAGAGCUUGAGGAAUCCGCAUGUCCAUGCGAUUCUUGAUUUCCAUGUGGUCUAUGGUCAGAAGCCGUAA